CUCAAAUAUCGGGACAACAACUUCCAGGCCAACACCAAGCCUUGGUGCUAAGGCAUCCACGUACGCUGCAUCACCACAUUUAGGGGGUAUAUAACGAGACGGAAGCCACGCUACGAGGAGCUCGGUAGGAAUAAUUCGCUGUUGACCAGUCCUUCUUCAACCACACUCAUUCAUUCCUUCGCUUCUUUCUCUUCUCUUCUACACGUUCUUUUGACAAGACAUCUACCGCACACCUUUUUACAAUACACGUUCUUGCAACUCAUUACACCAUAAUGUAUACCGCCGCAUUCGUCACCAUUGCAAGCCUGGCGCUGGGCGCAGCCGCCGCGCCAGUCGCAGCAUCACCUCUCGACAUCGGCAAUGGUCACAUGCAGCUGCAGAUCAACAUCGACCUGAGCGGCAAAGAUGCUGUCGCGGCCAGCGCUAUCGACGCUCAGCAGCUGUUCGCUUUCUCCUCAACGCACUUCGUUCAUGCUGUCCCGGAAGAAGUCGUCAACGGAACCGAGCCAACCGGUGGUCUUGCCGGCGCAUCCGGCACCUUCAACUUCGGCAUCAACAGCGCCUCCAACAUGAUCUGCUACAAUAUUACGCUGCACAACUUCCAAGGCGAAUUCGACUCUCCCGCAACCACGGCGACGCAUAUCCACGAGGCCGCGCGCGGUGCUAGUGGACCACCCAGAAUCUCAUUCCCGAACCCGGAGCUAGUGGAGGGAAGCGAGACGGUUAGGAACAGCGCAGGAUGUAUCAAGGGCCCAUUUACGACUGGUGUCAUGGUUGAAGGAAAGGAUUCAGGCGAGGGCUUCCAUGUUAGCAUGAUCGAAGCCAACCCAGCGGCUUUCAUGGCGGACACUCAUUCCAGCUUGGCGCUACCUGGUGCGGUGAGGGGACAAAUGGCAUAAUCGAGCUGUUGAUCUUAUUUCACCCUAUAAUUGUAAUGCAGACUCUUUACAUUUUAUGAAGUUACCUACAAAAUAAUGAAUGAAGAGUCCUCACAAUAUAUGUUGUCCACGCAGAAAUUGACUUCCAUGGUUGCUGGGAUAAUAACCGC